AUGGAGUGGGAAGACGAGUGCAGAACACCAAGGUUGGUGCAGAAUCAGAUUCCGGCAAUUUUCAUCUGCCCGCCACCACCGCCAAGGAAGAAGCCGGUGACCGGAAAGAGACAACCACCACCGAAGGAGGGGUACUUCCACCCACCUGAUCUUGAUUCCUUGUUUUCAGUUCCAGCCAGAAAAGAAACAUGUUUUGAUCUUUUCAAUUUCCUUGUGGGUUUUCACUUGGUUUUCGCUCCUAUAGGCUAG